AUGGCCAGGCUGCAAAACCACACAGCCCCCCCAAGCACGGGGAGAGCUUCUAGCCCCAACAAGCCGUCUCGCUCGCAGCUCCAAACACGGCUACCGCCCCCUCUCUCCCCACACCUCGCCCGGCGGAGACCCCGACCCACCUGCGGGGACGGCAUCAGUACCCAGGGUGUCAACCUGCGGGAGCCCGACAGGAGCGGCACAGCCGAGGCGCGAGCAGCCCCGCAGCAACCUCGGGACGCGCCGCUCAGCGCCGCCGGCCGCACCUCAGCGCCCCGGCCCGGCCCAGCCCGGCGGAGGCGGGCGGCGGGAGGGGCCCGGGCGGCCGCGCUCCUCCCGCCGGGACCGUGGCGCCGACCCCGCUCCCGUCUGACCCGGGACGAAAGUUUUCGAUCUGGACCCCGUUUCACGCCGGCACCUCCUCCAGACAAGGGCAGCAUCAAACCCUCCCCAGAACACCCCCGGAGCCGGGAGAGCGGGACCCCCCGGCACAGCUCCCCGGCUGACCUGGCCCCGCCGCCGCAGCCCGAGCUCAUCUCCGGCCUCUAUCCCACUGCUGCCGGUGGGAUGCGCCUGGCUGAGAACGGGCCGCUUCGCUCGGGUGCUCCUGGCAGCUGA